CCACGUAUUGUCUUCGCUCUCGCCUCAAGGAGUCAACAUGAAGCUUGUAUUGCUCGCCUGCCUGGCCGCCAUCGCCGCCCCCCAGCGACUGAGGGACCCGCGCUUCAUCGCCAUCGUCCGUGAAAGUCGCCAGGACCAAGGCGACGGAAACUUCAACUUCCAGUACGAGGGUGAGAAUGGCAUCUACGUGGACGGCUCCGGCAGGCCAGGCAGCAGAGGCGGCAGCAACAUGGCCGGCUUCUACAAGUUCCCCUUGCCCGAGGGCGGCUACGCUGAGGUCCGCUACACAGCCGACGAAAAGGGCUUCCGCGUAGAGUCUCCGCUGAUCCCCACGCCCCACCCUCUCCCCGCCCACGCUGUCGAGCAGAUCCGUAACGCAGAAGAGCAGCGCCGUCGGGGCAUCGUGUGGGACUAGACCAAGUCUGCCCGGCCUUCAGGACAUCACGAUAUGACUCCUUGUUCCCUGCUUUUGUAUUCCCAUCAAUCAAAAUUCAAUAUAGCUAUAAUUUAGACUUUAAAAUAACAAUAAACUUUGGAUCAUGGC